UUCAUGGAGCCCAAGAGCAAGAAGCACCUCACACCAUAAACCCUAGCUUCUAACUAUCAUAUGUCUUGAUAUAUAGUUUACCAUUCACCAAUCAGUUUUUUACCCACCAGUUGAUUCACAUUGUGCCUUCUUGCUUCUACUUGGCAUUGGGCUUUAGACUUGUAUUAAUUUGGACUUUGAAUAAUCUGAAGGUAGAGAGCUUUAUACAUAGAGAGAGAAUGGAGAGGGUGACACAAUUGGCAUCGGAGAGGCCAGUGGUGAUCUUUAGCAGGAGCACUUGUGGCAUAUGCCAUGCGAUAAAGACCCUGUUGUGUGACUUUGGAGUGAACCCUGCAGUUCAUGAGCUAGAUGAGAUACCUAGAGGAAGGGAAAUAGAGCAAGCACUGUCGAGACUUGGGUCCCCAACCUUGCCUGCGGUUUUCAUUGGAGGUGAACUUGUGGGUGGAGCCAAUGAGGUCAUGAGUCUUCACCUUAAUCGCUCCUUAAUCCCAAUGCUUCGACGUGCAGGGGCAUUAUGGGUUUGAAUUAAUAUAUAUCAUCCAGUAAUUAACUCUUGGGCAUGCAUCACCCACGCUACUCUAAUAUAUAAAUAGAAUAAGCAUGGAUGCCUUUUGAUUACGUGUGUGUUUAUAUAUAUAUAUAAAAUAGUACAGUGCAAGAUCCAUUGAUGGAUUAUGAGUAUUAAUGAGUUUAUCUCGUAGUUUUAACGAGACUAGCUAGUUAUACGGUAAUCCCCUUUUGUAAUGCUAUAUAUACAAACCUAAUGUUAUGUCUUUCUUGCUAAUUAUAAUAUUAAGUUUGCCUA